UAAAGCACGAAAACAGCAACAUUUGGGUGCACAGAUUUUCCGCUUUUCCACGGCCGAGUGUUGCGCCAAUCUGUUGGCUGGUGUACUGUGCAACAGUGGACUUUGGCCGCGCAGAGCUGCGCGGUGCGCGUGUAUACGCAGCCCACAUUCAACCUUUGCAGUGCCCGAGACGGAGGGCAACCCCUAUUGUUUCCAGUAGUGUUGUCACUGAUAGUGCAAUCCAUUGUGCUCGGGAGAGCGUUUCAGUAUCAUGGCCGGGAACGUCCGCAUGUCGCAACCGGGCACGCCAGCCACAACGCAGCCGAACUACAUGAAAGUAUUCAUUCAGAGGGACUAUAGCGAGGGCACAUCGGUGAAGUUUCAGAACCGCUUUCCACCGGAACUGGAGAGUCGGAUCGAUAGGCACACAUUCGAGAGCACGAUGAACAAAUUAAAUGAGUAUUUUGCCGAAGCAGAAAAGGGUUCCUGCAGUACGUACUGCGAAGGAUGUUUGGCGUGCAUCACGGCAUACUUGAUCUACAUCUGUUCGGAAACACACUACGAGAAGUGCCUCCGGAAGGUGUCGAAGUACAUUGCAAUGCAAAACGAGCGAGUGUACAAUCCGAAAGGGCUCCAGAUUACGGACCCGGUGUACCGUGGGUUGCGAGUAAUAGAAAUUUCGAUCCUCGACCGCCCCGGACGCACGUGACUGCCGCUAUCCCAUUCAACGGAGGAGUUUUUCAUGUAAUCGAAGCGCUCCGCAGCUGGCGCUCGAAGAUGCUUUCCUUCUCCGGCGAAUAAGCAGCGAACCGUAGUUUGAGGCAGCGAACGGCGGCAACGACGUCGAAAAUACUUCCAAUCCGGCAACCGACACUGAGCAUAGCGUGUGUGUGAGUGUGUGUGUGUAAAUGUUGCGCGCAUUCCGUGAAAAAGCACCGUUCUCGGCGAACGUACUGUUGCGCACGAGAACAAUCACAAUAAAUAGGACAACGACGACGACGACAACGGCUCUGCUGAUGAUGGGUUAGGAGUGCCGAGAAGCGGCGGACGAUACGUCAUGUUAAAUAUAUAUUUAUAUAUAUUUAAACUUACCAACUCUAGCUAUAAAUCGGUUACUGAACCGUUCCCGCCAGUCUACCUUCCACCAUCGUCCAAUGUUGUAUCGAUGUACGCAGGGAGGCCCAGUCAGACAGGAAUGAGAAGCUGCCCCCGAACCAGAGUAGGGAAAACCAGUGGCAUCGAGCAGAGUACUGGACUUAAGUGUCGGGCAUUGCUACAAGAUAUCACUACGCAAAUUCCAUUACUUAUACAAGAGUCCCGUAGAGUAGACGCUAGGGAAAACGGUUAAUGGUUAAACUUCUUAGUAUUAGAGCAACUACACCACAAGUUUGUUAAAAGAGCAUUGUGAAGCGGAUUGUCGCUCUCUCACUUCUUUACUGUUCUUUCGAUAGCGUGGUGGCACCCAGAGGCCAAGCAGUGCAUUGACAAAUGAGGUUUUUUUUAAAGGGGUAUUGUUUCGUUCGACAUUAUCCGUUUAGCUAGAACUUCCCCAUCACCGGUGCAGACGGACGGAGCGAGUGAAUGAUCCGAGUGGAAUGCAAUUGUUUAUGAAGGAAUAAAUGAG